AUGUACAGUGGGUCCGGCGAUGGCGAGAGCCACGAUGCGGCACAGAGGAAGAUCCCGCCGGCUUCGUCAAUGCUUUGGGUCCGUAAUCUUCGCCGUUUCAUAGGAUCUGGUGCCGGACUGGGAUCCGAAGCCCUCAUGGAACUCGAGACAAAGAGAAUAUUGCUAGAUAUUUUCAAAGAGAAGCAACAAAAGAGCGCUGAAGGUGGCACGAUACCAAGUUUCUACAAGAAGAAACCUGAUGAAGGAUCGAUUAGUCAUAGGGUCCAAAGGCUGGCAAAAUAUCGGUUUUUAAAGAAACAAUCAGAUCUUUUACUAAACGCGGAUGAUCUGGAUGCAAUGUGGGUUUGCUUAAGAGAAAAUUGUGUGAUUGAUGAUGCCACUGGUGCAGAAAAGAUGAAUUAUGAAGAUUUUUGUCACAUAGCCUCAGUAUGUACAGAGCAAAUAGGCCCCAAAUGUCGGCGCUUUUUCAGUCCAUCUAAUUUCAUGAAGUUUGAAAAGGAUGAAUCUGGAAGAAUUGCCAUUUUGCCCUUUUACCUUUAUGUGAUGCGCACUGUUUCGCUUACACAGGCCAGAAUCGAUAUGAGUGAGCUAGAUGAGGAUUCUGAUGGAUUUCUUCAGCCUCAUGAAAUGGAGGCUUAUAUACGAGGUCUUAUCCCUAAUUUAGCACAACUACGGGAUAUGCCUGCUGCAUUUAUUCAAAUGUAUUGUCGCAUUGCUGCUCACAAAUUCUUCUUCUUUUGUGAUCCUCAUAGGCGAGGGAAAGCCUGCAUAAAGAAGGUGCUUCUUAGCAGCUGUCUCCAGGAAUUGAUGGAAUUACACCAGGAAAAUGAGGAGGAAGUCACUGACACUGAACAAGCUGAGAAUUGGUUUUCUUUGACAUCCGCACAACGUAUAUGUGAUAUGUUCCUUGCCCUUGAUAAAGAUAUGAAUGGAACACUCAGCAAGCAAGAACUUCGAGAAUAUGCUGAUGGUACUCUUACAGAAAUCUUUAUUGAAAGAGUGUUUGAUGAGCAUGUCCGCCGAGGAAAAAGUGGUGGAGGGAAUACUCGGGAAAUGGACUUUGAAAGUUUUCUUGACUUUGUUUUGGCAUUAGAAAACAAAGACACUCCUGAAGGAUUAACAUAUUUAUUUCGUUGUCUUGAUCUUCAUGGGCGGGGAUUUCUUACCACUGCUGAUAUUCAUUCACUUUUCAGAGAUGUACACCAGAAAUGGAUCGAGGGUGGUAACUAUGAAUUGUGUAUUGAGGAUGUGAGGGAUGAAAUAUGGGAUAUGGUCAAGCCAGCUGACCCUUUGAGGAUUACACUGGCUGAUCUUCUAGUUUGCAAACAAGGUGGGACUGUAGCCAGCAUGCUUAUAGAUGUGCGAGGUUUUUGGGCCCAUGAUAAUAGAGAAAACCUUCUCCAGGAAGAAGAAGAACCAGAAGAAGAAUGA